CAACAUGUUAAACUUCACAUGAUGUGAGAUAUAUAAUUUAACAAUCCUAUGAAUUAUGAAAGUCCAAAUUAGAUCGAUUAGUCCAUAAGUCGGUGAUCAAGUUGACCCUCAAACCACAAUGGUGAGACAUCCCAUGAGCUCUAAAUGAGCCAACUCACGAGUUGAGCUCAACAAGCCACCGAGUCGAGCUAGCUCGCGAGCUUCACGAGCUGAACAAAGCUAAGCUCAAACUUGGCUCAUCAGUAAACGAAUCGAGUUUCGAACGAGUUUUUCCCGAUUCGAGCCUCGAGUUGCUCGCGAGUACCUUGGCUCAUUUACAGCCCUAAUGGUGAUCGAAUAAUUAGAGAAAAUUACUUCAUUUGCAAUAUGGGCCCGAUCUGAAUAUUUUAUUGUGGCUGGACAACCAAGAACCGUUAUUCAGUAUCGGCCCAUUAAGUAGACCAACACUAAGGUUUGGGUCCUUGAAAGUUGAAACGGGAAUAAAUGGAAGAGUCCAGAUCCAUGUGAAAUUUUAUUUCAAUAUAAAACAAGGAAAUUAUUUUAAUAUAAAUCGAAAAACUAAAAUAUUUAGUGAACAUUACAAAACCCUAGUGCGGCCGUCUAUCUUCACUCCUUUGUCGCCCGUAGAAGAAGUCUUUCCACACUAUCUCUGCUUGUGCUGCUUUGUCGAAGAACGCUCGGCCUCCAAAGCAAGUCCUUCUAUCUCUUCCUCCUUUCCUGAAAUUUCCUUGCAGUUCGAUCUUAGUUUCUACCGGAUUUCUGCUAAUGGGACUGAUUUCUCAGUUCUAUUAGAGCUUUUUCCAUAUCUCUGAAUGUUUUCUAUGUUUUUUUUAGAUCUGUGAUCAGCGAGGCUACGUUUUUUCGGCUGGCAACAAUGGCUCUGAAAUUGUAUGCAGGGUAUCCAGGAAACAAAAAUGCAAACAAGGCUCGUAUUGCUGCUGAGUACUCUGGUGUGAAGAUUUCUAUGGUUGACAAUUUUGAGAUGGGUGUCACAAACAAGACUCCUGAAUUUCUCAAGAUGAACCCCAUUGGAAAAAUUCCAGUCCUCGAGACACCCGAGGGUGCUGUUUUUGAGAGCAAUGCAAUUGCUCGAUAUGUUGCCAAGUUGAAGGCGGACAAUCCUCUCUUUGGUUCUACUACAAUUGAAUAUGGCCAGAUUGAACAAUGGAUUGACUUCUCAUCUUUGGAGAUUGAUGCCCCCCUCUUGAGUUACUUUAAAGCUAGGAUGGGAUGGACUCCUUAUUUCCCCGCUGUUGAGGAAGCUACACUUGCUGACUUGAAGAGAGGUCUCGGAGCAUUGAACACCCAUCUUGCCUCAAACACCUAUGUGGUCGGGGACUCCAUCACUUUAGCUGACAUUGUCGUGGCAUGUAAUCUGUACUUGGGAUUUGCCAGACUCUUGCCCAAGACCUUUACCUCUGAAUUCCCUCAUGUUGAGAGAUACUUCUGGACACUCGUUAAUCAACCAAAUUUUAAGAAAAUUCUUGGUGAUGUCAAGCAAACAGAUUCUUUCCCACCUAUUGAGUCUGCAAAGAAACCUGGUCAGCAAAAGGAGAAGGCAAAGUCCAAGGAAGCACCAAAGAAAGAAGUGAAAAAGGAGGAGCCUGCUAAGCCCGCAGCUGCCGAGGCAGAAGAAGAGGCACCAAAGCCUAAAGCCAAGAACCCUCUUGAUUUGCUGCCUCCGAGCAAGAUGAUUUUGGAUGACUGGAAGAGGCUCUACUCCAACACCAAGUCCAACUUCCGUGAGGUGGCAAUUAAAGGCUUCUGGGACAUGUAUGACCCUGAGGGCUAUUCACUAUGGUUCUGUGACUACAAGUACAAUGACGAGAACACCGUCUCAUUCGUCACCUUGAACAAGGUCGGCGGGUUUCUCCAAAGGAUGGAUUUGGCCAGGAAGUAUGCGUUUGGUAAAAUGCUGAUCAUCGGUGGACAGCCACCCUUCAAGGUGAAGGGGCUGUGGCUCUUCCGCGGUCAAGAAAUCCCUCAGUUCAUCAUUGAUGAGUGCUAUGACAUGGAGCUCUACGAGUGGAAGAAGGUAGACAUCACCGAUGAAGCCCAGAAGGAGCGUGCCAGCCAGAUGAUUGAAGACUUCGAGCCAUUCGAGGGAGAGCCUCUGUUGGACGCCAAGUGCUUCAAAUAGAAAGUGAAUCAAAUCAAAUGCAUCAAACUCUUCUUAAUUUAAGUCUUGUUGGGGUUGACCCUAGUUCUUUUGUAGUGAAGUGAGUUUUGUUUGUUUUGUUCUAAGCAUUUCCUUUUGCUGUCAUAUGAACGGCUGUUGUUUUGAAACUUGAAUCAUAUAGCUCAGCAACUUUUGACGACUCUUACAAUGGUUGUUAUAUAUUCAUGGGAUUGUCGGUUGACUAAGGGCUGUGUUCAUCUCCAUCUGUCUGUGUCAUUAGAUUUCGUGGGUGAGGUAACAAGAUUGCUGAUAUAGUGAGUUCACCUUUUCGUCAAAGCUCUCUUGUAGGCUCUCCAAACUAAUCACAUCGACGAAGGUGGUCAGAUGCUAAUAAUAAUAAUGUUUUUAAUCCAAAUCUGUAGGUUAAUAAUUUUGAUCCAAAUUUUCGCAAUUGGGUAACUAAAGUAGUGACAGUAUCGAUCGAGAAUCAUAUCACGUUAUCAACAAUUUUCUUUUAGAGCUAAUCGGAUUAAUUACCCUGUAUCGUUCGGUAUCCCUAUUAAGGUUGCACAAUUUUUACAUGUCAAUCCAUUAUUGUCUUGAUAGGCAAUUACGUUGUAUCAAUUAUGUUCAGUUAUUAAGAGCUCGUUAUCAUUUUUAAUUUAAUGAACAACUAUAUGCAUUAAUGUUAUGUUUCCGAUGAACCCAAAUAAUUAUAAUUUGAGAUAUGUCUAAUUCAAGCUUGUUCAGUUUAAAAAUGAGGACUACGACACUGCCCUUGCAAUAUGGUUACCGUUAUGGUCUCAUCUAAGUAAGAUUUUAAAUAACACAUGUGGUGCAUAACUUAUACGUAACAUAAUAAAAUGUCACUCAUAAUUCUAAGGAUACCGAUCGUUACAAUUUAAUACCGAAAUAACGAUGAAACUAUUAUAUAAACCCGUUGAAUCAAAUCAUACAUGUUUG